AGGUGGCUGGUGCUGGUCCCACCUCUCUUCCUGCCCUACAGCUCAGAGUGAGACAGCAGAAAGUAGCGGAGAGGAGAGAAACGAAGACUUCAGAGCUGACCAAGAAAGGAAGUGAGAACCAAUCAAAACAUUAUGCGUGAAUGCAUCUCUGUUCAUGUUGGUCAAGCUGGAGUUCAGAUCGGCAACGCAUGCUGGGAGCUUUUCUGCCUGGAGCAUGGCAUUCAGCCCGAUGGCACUUUCCAGAAUCAGCCCAACAAGUUUAACGAUGAUGACUCUUUCACCACGUUCUUCAGUGAAACACGCACGGGGAAACAUGUGCCGCGAGCUGUUAUGGUGGAUCUAGAACCCACAGUAGUAGAUGAAGUGCGGGCUGGAACGUACCGCCAGCUUUUCCACCCUGAACAGCUGAUUACUGGCAAGGAAGAUGCAGCUAAUAAUUAUGCCCGAGGCCACUACACCAUUGGCAAAGAAAGCAUUGAUAUUGUAUUGGAUCGUAUUCGCAAACUGACUGACGCCUGCUCUGGACUACAAGGAUUCCUGAUUUUCCACAGCUUUGGAGGAGGCACAGGUUCAGGCUUUACCUCCUUGCUGAUGGAGCGCCUCUCUGUGGACUAUGGCAAGAAGUCCAAACUGGAAUUUGCCAUCUAUCCGGCCCCACAGGUUUCCACGGCUGUGGUGGAGCCCUACAAUUCCAUCCUGACCACCCACACGACCUUGGAGCAUUCCGACUGUGCCUUCAUGGUGGACAACGAGGCCAUCUACGACAUCUGUCGGCGCAAUUUGGACAUUGAGCGCCCCACUUACACCAACCUGAACCGCCUCAUCAGCCAGAUCGUUUCCUCCAUCACCGCUUCCCUGCGCUUUGAUGGUGCCCUCAACGUAGACCUGACGGAGUUCCAGACGAACCUGGUGCCCUACCCUCGCAUCCACUUCCCGCUGGUGACCUAUGCGCCCAUCAUCUCCUCCGAGAGGGCCUACCACGAGCAGCUCUCUGUGGCCGAGAUCACCAGCUCUUGCUUUGAGCCCAACAACCAGAUGGUGAAAUGUGACCCUCGCCAUGGGAAGUACAUGGCCUGCUGCAUGCUCUACCGUGGCGAUGUGGUGCCCAAAGAUGUGAAUGUAGCCAUUGCUGGUAUCAAGACCAAGAGAGCAAUCCAGUUUGUGGACUGGUGCCCAACUGGCUUCAAGGUUGGCAUCAACUACCAGCCCCCCACAGUAGUCCCGGGAGGGGACCUUGCUCAAGUGCAACGUGCCGUUUGUAUGCUCAGCAACACCACAGCCAUUGCAGAGGCCUGGGCAAGGCUGGACCACAAAUUUGACCUGAUGUUUGCCAAGCGAGCUUUUGUGCACUGGUAUGUUGGUGAAGGCAUGGAGGAAGGAGAAUUUGCUGAGGCCCGGGAAGAUUUAGCUGCACUGGAAAAAGACUAUGAAGAAGUAGGAACCGACUCCUUUGAGGAUGAAAAUGAUGGGGAAGAAUUUUAAAACUGCAGGUUGUCCUGGCCGAGGAUGAAGAGGUUCCUUGGCAGCUGUUCAUUGCACUCAGAUGUAGUGCACCAGACCUUUUGCUGUACAGCUUCUGUUCAUUGGUUGGAAACAGAAGAGGAAAGAAGAGAAGAUGUACAGCAGAAUGGUCUGGUACAUUGCAUCCUAUAUCCAUCCUGCAGCAUAUGUGAAAAUUAGAACAUCAACUUGAGAAGCUAUACCCUGUGAUUUCUUUUCCUAUGCCAUUUAUUAUAAGAAAGUCCAUUCUGCUACAUCCCUAGCUGUUGUAGCUCAGGGACAGCUUUGCAUGCAGAAGGUCACGCAGGUUUAAAUCCUGCUGCCUCUGGGCAGAACUAGGAACGAUUCCUGCUUGAAACCCUUGAGAAGCAUUAUUACAAAACACAGUUGACCAUGCUGCCUAGAUGGACCAACAAUCUGAUCUAGUGCAAGGCAGUUUCCUAUGUACUCUCAGCAGGCCAAGCAAAAUUAAGAUGGAUGUUAACAUCACUGUGUUCUAAAGUGGGCUGCUUAUAUUUAUAUUAGAGAUUGGGGAUUCGUCUUCAUAGACAAAGCCGAAUCGCAGGUGGCCAGCCCAAUUUGUACCCACCAGUCCACUUACCAUGCAGUGCGCAGCAC